AUGUAUCGAUCAACUGGUGAGACGCAACAAAUGGCGUCGAGUAUACUGUCGCAACUGAAAGAGCAAGAGGGCGCGUGGAUGCGUGUCGAUGGCAUUCUGCAAUUCAGUCAACUCAUUCAAACAAAGUACUUAGCGUUACAAAUCCUGGAGAAUCUCGUGCUAACCAGAUGGAAGACGUUGCCGAGAGAACAAUGUGAAGGUUAA